UAUUCAACGUCUGGCGAAAGUGAUUUUCUGUUUGAUUUCACAGCAUCGGAUUUAUUAAAAUUAUAAUUAUAAAAAAAUAAAUUGGUUACAAUUAAAUGGAAACCAUUAAAAAUAUUAUCUCGGGGAUUCUUAAAACCGAAUAAACUUAAAAAAAGUGUUAAAAGAUAAAAAGAAGUAGAAAAAAUAACUUAAAGUCUUGUAGGAAAAAUAGAUAAUUUGUGCAAAACUCGUUCGACAUCCAGACUGCAGAUUUCUUUUUUCGGUUGGUCGAUUGGUAGAAAGAAGAAAUAACGUGACGCAAGUAGUUUUUUAAGGAGAAAAGAUCAAUUGCAAAGUCAGUCAGUAGUGUCCGUCUGUUAUUUGUGACAAGAACAAAAAGGAAGGCACCCAUACUCCAAACCCCGCUGCUCCCCCUUCCUCAUUGGAAAAGACCAAAGGUGUGUGUAUGUGAGGUUUGGCCAAAGUUCUACUCACAUUUUGUAGAGACCUUUUGAAAAAAAACACGAAAUAACACAACGGAACUCGUUGGCAGAAUGUGUGAGCGUGUAUGACAAAUAUUGGAAACAAUAAUAACCAAAACAGCAACAACGACAACAAACAAUAAUUUUACGAAGAAGGAAUCACGUCAACAACAGCAGCAUCCAUUACCACCGUGUGCACGUUCUCAAUUUAACAGUAAAUUUGUAUAAUUACAAGAAAAACCAACAACAAACAAAUACAAUAACUAUUGCAAAACAACAACACAAUAAUAAAAUAAAAGUGAAAAAAUGUCAAACCAAUAAUAACAACAAAAACAAAGAUCAAAAAUAAAUAGAAACGUUAUCAUUCGUUAUUGCAGCCAUCAUCUCGUAUUAUCGACGACGACAACAACGUCAAAUAUUUAGCGUUGUCAUUGUUUUUUGAUCUUUGCCAAUAAUAAUAAUCAAAUAAAUACAACUACAAACCACAAAAAAGCAAAACAUAUUUGUUUUUGGUGCAAAUUAAUAAAAAAAAAAAACUCAAGAAAUAUAGGAACAGAAAUAAUUUCCAACCAUUUAAAACAUUUCUAUAACAUUAAAAACUUCCCAAAUAAAGUUUAAUUUAAAAAACAAAGUGUCAUCAUAAUCCUAUCUAGUGCCGAAGAAUUUGAAUUGAUAACUAUUUUUGCUUUGACCUCGCAGCAUCCAAACGAAUUCCUUGUAAUUUGCUGGUCGUACACGAUCGUUUUUGGGCACGAUGGCGUGUCUCAAUACUUUGAAAUUGGAAAUAAAAACAUUGGAGAAGAUAUUCACUAAAAAUCACGAACGUUUUCAAAUUCUCAAUUCAAGUGUGGACGAACUCACAUGUCGUUUCAUUGGAAAAAAUGGCAAACGUUAUGAUAUCCAUGCUAAUAUCACGGAAACUUACCCAUCUUCACCCCCAGUAUGGUUUGCAGAGAGCGAAGAGACAAGCGUAACAAAUGCUGUUCAAAUACUAAGCAAUACAAAUGGACGUGAUAAUCAUGUUAUAAAUCAGGUGGGCAUAUUAUUACGUGAACUGUGCCGCCUACACAAUGUUCCACUGCCGCCCGAUAUUGAUAACCUGACAAUACCGUUUCAAUUGCCACCACCCAAUAGUGCAUCAUCAUUAAAUCAACAGCCUGCAGCUCAGCAUCAAAUCGAUGACAUUGAAUCAGAUCAAGAUGACAUCGAAGAUCCAAUUGGUGAUAGUGAACAAGAGAGUGAAGCCGAUGAGGAUCUGCCAUUGGAAAUGGAUGAUGGACGCAGUACGAAUAAGAAGGACGAAAUGGAAGUUGAACAUUUAGCUACAUUAGAAAGACUGCGACAAAGUCAAAGACAAGACUAUCUAAAGGGUUCAGUUUCCGGUUCCGUUCAAGCAACCGAUCGUCUAAUGAAAGAACUGCGUGAUAUCUAUCGUUCUGAUUCAUUCAAGAGCAAUAUGUACUCCAUAGAAUUAGUAAAUGACUCCAUAUACGAAUGGAAUAUACGCCUUAAAUCCGUUGAUCCUGACAGUCCCCUACACAACGACUUGAUAAUGCUCAAGGAGAAAGAAGGCAAAGAUAGUAUUCUUCUAAAUAUAAUCUUUAAAGAAACGUAUCCCUUUGAACCACCAUUUGUCCGUGUUGUCCAUCCAAUAAUAUCAGGCGGCUAUGUUUUAGUUGGUGGUGCAAUAUGUAUGGAAUUGUUAACCAAACAGGGUUGGAGUUCGGCCUAUACAGUGGAGGCUGUCAUUAUGCAAAUAGCAGCCACAUUAGUUAAGGGCAAAGCCAGAAUACAAUUUAGCGCCACCAAGGCCUUAUCGCAGGCUCAAUACAGUUUGGCGAGAGCGCAACAAAGUUUUAAAUCCUUGGUGCAAAUACACGAGAAGAAUGGUUGGUUCACCCCUCCCAAAGAAGAUGGCUAAGAUGACAUGUGUAGAGGAGUUAAAUCGAUAACUACAUUUUUGCUGCUUAGUUUUUACUUUAUCAUUUUUGUAUGUGUGUGCUUUUUCCCCAUAUAUAUAUAUAAAUACGUUUUCUUAAAACCCCACCAUUCAACAUCUUUGAAUCACAGUUUAUCUAUGCCUAUGACUAACUGACAUUUUGUCUGUUGUCUGACUUGCUGGCUGGCAUCAUCAUUAUCUUCAUCAACAUUAUUAUAAUUGUUGUGUAAAAUUGUAAACAUAUAAUUUAUUUUCUUAUUUUUGAUUUUUUUGUAUUUUUUCAUUAUUCAUAAAUAUUACAUUUUGAAAUGAACAAAUCUCUUCAACUACUCAAAUACUAACACUACUAGUACGAAUUCAAUUAGUAUUUAAAUGUAUGUCAUUGUUGUAUUUGUCGUCGUCAUCUUUGUCUUCUAAUCCGUUGGCAGCCGCAGCAGCCGUUAUCAUUUUUUGUAAUCCAGUAGCCGCUCUCAGCAGCAUAAUUAAUUAAUUACUAAAUAAUUAACCAGAAAAGAAAACUCUAUUUUAUACAUGCAAAAUGAAAAAAAGGAAAAAAAUUGAUAAUGAAAACAAAAUCAUGAUCAUUUAACACCACCACACACACAAACACUAUAUUAUAUUUGCAAAGUAGUUUUGUAGUCUGUAAUUUUGUCGUAAAUAUUUUUAUCAUAAACACAUACAUACAUACUUAUAUAUAAUAUUCGUUUAUAAUUCCUAAAUCCUAAUUACUAUAUUAUUAUUAUAAUUAUAAUUUUAUUUACUAUUUUAAUUUGCUUCAAAAUUUCCUACACUCUAUCUCUAUCUGUGUCACCCUCCUCCUUCCCCCCACCCUCGCCAACCUCUCCAACUAUAUAUGUCUUUAAAUAUGUAAUAUUUUCUGCUUAAAUUCUUUUUAUGUUUUAACUUGAACAAAAAAAAGCAAACAAAAUAAGAAAAAAAAACUUAUAAAUAUACAUAAAUGAAAAAUAUA